AUGUAUGCCUCAGACGAUUACUCGAGGUCUAGCCUUAUCGAUUCGAAUGCGCUAGCGGCCACGACUGUUUCGUAUCCGUUCGAAGGUCUACGGAUUGGGUUCCUGUUCCCGCGCAAGCUGUGCCCGGAUAACCUGAUCUUAUUGACUCAUUCAUCCGUCUUACAGGAACAGCAGGAGCGAUUGAGCAUUCCUACUGAGAGUGAAGAGCUGUGGCAGGGAUCUGUCUUCCCAUAG